AACACUUGAUAAACAAGGGUGGGUUGGUGGCUACAUUGACGACGAGGAUCAAGGGAUCAUGGUUUAUUUUCUUCAUUGUGGAUCCGUUGAAGGAUAUGCAACAACGAACCCAGGUUUGCAGGCUCGAUCACCGGACAAGAUUUUAAAGUAUGCUUCAUGCCGAAUGACUUUCAAUAUUUAAGGAUGUGAGGCCUAUAGAGAAUUCUAUAGUUUCUUCAAUAGUUUCUUUGUAGUUUGUUUAUUGUUUGUAGAGAAUUCUAUUUUGAUUGAAUCCAAUUGAUUAUGAUUGACUCGAGUAUAUAAUAAA